AUGUGGCUCGCGGAGCCGCGGUGGGAUCGUCAGGAAGAGUUGGAAUCAGCGGUCUUUGUUGGCAGUGCCAGGUUCAGGUCUGUAGAACUUCUGCUGGAGUGCACCACUGCGUGCGCGCUGCACGAGCGCGGCCGUGGGCCGAGCCGGCUGGCGAGCGGUUUCGGAGUUGGACUUGCGCGGGCUGCCUUGUCUGUGCGAGGCGCCCUGUUCUGCACUGGGCAGAAGGUGAAGGUGCAUUACCGCGACGGCGAGUGGCGCGCCCGCUUGCCGAUACAGGGAACGUCUUCGGAUAUGAUGGGGCAGCAGAUCGGCGAGUGGCCGACCGAACCUGGACAUCCCGUCUGGUGGGUAGCCACAUGGGACGGCGACGCGUGCCCGGAGCAGGCGGGGGAGGGGGAGUCGAUUGGCACGCGCUCCUUCCAGGCCGACGGUGUUCUGGCGCCGAGGGCCGCUCGUCUCAGAUUCCGGUCGAACGACUGGUUAUACGACUUCGCGAUCGGCACCAACAUGGCGGAGGUGUACGUGAGCGCCUUCGCCGCCGUGGAGGCAGAGGCCCCGGCCGGCGCUGGUGCGCUGGUGGAUCCACGCGCGGCGCCUCCCGGCGUCCUGGGGCCAGAGCCUCCCCUGGGGCGCCGGGUUCCAGGGGCCAGGGAGGCGGGGCCGGCUGCCGCUCCCGAGGACGAGGGCGACCUCCGCGUGUUGCCGAUCAAGGGGCGCGGGGACAAGCGUUUCACGAUUUUCGGCGAGCUCGCGCUGACGGGGCCGGGUCCAGUGGCUCGCUCCAGGGCGUGGGCGAGCGAGAGCGGCAUCCCGCCUGGUGACCGCUCCGUGCACGAGCACCACGUCAUCAUGAAGGUGUUUCAGACGGCGGCUGAGAGGGAUCAGCUGAACCUCGUGCGCCUGGAGAGUUUCGAGCUGCUGAUCCGCCGCGCCCAGGUGACCUCGCUCAACUUGAUAUGCUCCCUCUUCCGCGGCUCCGCACGGAGCGCAGGGAACGUCACCAGACUGGUCCUCCCGAGCCUGCAGGCGCUCGGCUUCGGCAGCAACCGCGUGGGGGACGAGGGCGCGGCCGCCCUGGCGGAGGCCCUCCGGGCCCCGGGCGCCCUGCCGAGCCUGCAGCAGCUCGGCCUCGGCGGCAACCGCGUGGGGGGCGAGGGCGCGGCCGCCUGGCGGAGGCCCUCCGGGCCCCAUGGCGCCCUGCCGAGCCUGCAGGCGCUCCACCUCUCCGGCAACCGCGUGGGGGGCGAGGGCGCGGCCGCCCUGGCGGAGGCCCUCCGGGCCCCGGGCGCCCUGCCGAGCCUGCAGGCGCUCCACCUCUCUGGCAACCUCGUGGGGGACGAGGGCGCGGCCGCCCUGGCGGAGGCCCUCCGGGCCCCGGGCGCCCUGCCGAGCCUGCAGGCGCUCGGCCUCGGCAGCAACCGCGUGGGGGACGAGGGCGGGGCCGCCCUGGCGGAGGCCCUCCGGGCCCCGGGCGCCCUGCCGAGCCUGCAGCAGCUCGGCCUCGGCGUCAACCGCGCGCUCGGCCCCUUCGGCAACCGCGUGGGGGACGAGGGCGCGGCCGCCCUGGCGGAGGCCCUCCGGGCCCCUGGCGCCCUGCCGAGCCUGCAGGAGCUCGACCUCGGCGUCAACCGCGUGGGGGACGAGGGCGCGGUCGCCCUGGCGGAGGCCCUCCGGGCCCCGGGCGCCCUGCCGAGCCUGCAGGAGCUCGGCCUCGGCGGCAACCGCGCCCUCCGGGCCCCGGGCGCCCUGCCGAACCUGCAGGCGCUCGGCCUCGGCGGCAACCGCGUGGGGAACGAGGGCGCGGCCGCGCUGCGCGCAGCGUGGGCCGCGGGCGGCCGCCCCGUGGGCGGCGAGUUCGAGGUGGCGGGCGUCGCGCGCGCGGUCCCGAGGGGCGUGUUCCCCUGA